AUGUGGUUCAUGUAUCCGAAUGAACCUGCUUUUCUGCGUACGCGUACUGAAGACUAUAUGGAUUUCCGUCUGCUUUUCGGCAAAGAAAAGAUGCCCCCCCGGGGGAGUAAGGUAGCUACGCUCAGUCGAAAGGUGUUAGAAAGAAACCGAAGAAUGUUCACAAAAGAUCUCCUUUCCAAGCUUGCUUCUCUAAUUAAUCCUACCCCACAGGCACCCAAGUGGAAGUCACUUGAUGUGCUGGAUCAAGCCACCGCUCAUGUGAAGCAAUUGGAACAAAGGGUAGAGAUGCUGAAGAAAAGGAAGCAACAACUUGAAGGCAGCACUGAUGAGACUGCAGGCAUGAGGAGCUCGAUGUCAACUGUUUUCACAGUGACAGAAUUGGAUUCUGCGAUAGAGGUAUGUUUGAUUAGCAGGUCAAAUGACAAGUUCAUCCUGACCCAGGUUCUAGAUGUUCUUGAGGAGGAAGCAGCUCCUGUUGUAGCUGUUAGCUACUCCCGUGUUGGCGAUAAGAUCCACUAUAUAAUUAAUUCACAGGCUGUUUGUUCUAGAAUCGGCAUAGACUCUUCAAGGGUGCAUGAAAGAUUGAAGAGGCUGACUGCAGGGCCAUGA